UGCGAGCGUGUCUUCCCCGCGCGCAGGUUCCUCCACAGCCUGGGCGCCAUCUUCUCCUUCAUCUCCAAGGAUGCGGUGGCCAAGGUUCAGAUCAUGGAGAACUACUGCCGCGGCGAGCAGCGGGAGAAGUACGUGUCGCUGCAGUCCAUGGUGGAGUACGAGCUGGCCAACGGGCUGGUGGAUGUCCAGAAGCGGUCGGAGCACCCUGACUCCGGCUGCCGCCCCAUCCUGGGCACGGCUGCCACGGUGGGCUGUGGCACCCUACCACCCCGAAACGCCUUCCUUGAAAUCAUGAACGUGGGCACGCCCGAGGAAGCGGUCGCUAUGCUGGGUGAGGCCUUACCCUAUAUCUGCGACGUCUACGGCAUCACCCAGGAGCUCUUUGCCCAGCACAGGCUGCUGGACCUUCCUUGA